AUGUUUUUGUGGUAUUUGACAGCAUCGAAAAAGAUUCGUGACAUUCGUUUGAAGGCGCUGUUCGAUUCGUUGGGUGGUGUUGUGGAGUCAGAUGCUCAAUUCGCACGUUUCAUAUUACCGCAGCUUAUUUUACAAGCUGUUAUUGAGCACAAUUCGCCGAUUAUUGCUGAGGUAUGUAUGGAACUUUUUGCGUUUUUGCUUCGUCUACGGACAGAUUAUGUGUCGAUUGUAGGAGAGCUGGGCGAUUGGAUGGUAAUAUUAAUGAUAGCAGCAUAG